UCAGAAUUUUUUUAUUUUUCUUGAUUUUAUAAAUUUUGCUGUUCAUAUCAGAAGCAUUUGAGGUCGGGAUUAGAAAGGUACUUUUGACCUAUUGGAGAUUGCUCUAAGAAACACUCUUUCUCUCUGUUUGUCGUAGGCCGCUCCCCCACUACUUUCCCAUGUGAACCUGUUUUUCUUUUGCCUCCGUCCCUGCAGUUUCUCUCAUGUGAUCCCCAUUGUUGCACCACCGCGCGAUCCAUGACACUCACUUAAUUUUUCUCUCGUGUGCGCGCCCCGAUGCACCGUUCCGUCCAGUUUAAACAGGGUCACGGGCAAGCGAGCCUCGAGCGAGCGCGCACGCACGAAUAGCCGCGCUGAGCGCGCAUUGUACAGAUGCUGUUCAACUAGCAGAGCAUGCACCGGCCGGCCAUGACAUGAGGGAGCACCAGCUGCAGCAGCCCGGCACGCUCUUCCUCCUCAGGAACCCGCUCGUGGUCGCCUCCAGGACGAUGCGCCGCGGCAUCCGCGGCUUCUGCCAUGGCGUCGGCUCCACGUCCACACAGCAGCACCUCCACGCCAGCAUCGACCACCAGCAGCUGGCCAGCGGGGGUGCCGAUGCCGACGCAGCGUCGUCCUCCUUCAUGACCGUGCCGUCGUCCGUCGUGGGCUCCUGCGCGGCCGAGAGCGAGGCGGCCACCGGUGGAGGCCCGCAUGCGGCGGCCGCCGUCACCCUGGAACAGAUGAUCCUGCAGCUGGACCUCGAGGAGGAGGCCGCGGCGGCCAGAAAGGCGCGGCGCGUGGCGGCGGCAGUGCUGGAGGAGGACCGCUACCACCCUCGCCGCAUGUCGUGCGUGAACAGCUCCGACCACGUGCUCCGCUCAGCGCGGGACGCGCUCAGCCAGUACCCGCGCUUCUCCCUUGACGGCCGGGACGCCAUGUGCCGCGCGUCGUUCAGCAGCUACCACGAGGGCAUGGGCGUCGCCGGCCCCGUGCUCGGAGAUAGCAGAAACAUCCCCGCAGACCGCGACGGCGGUCGGCACCGGAGGGCGUCAGUCUGUUGCGCCCCCGCCGGCGCGGGGCACUGCAGAGCGCAGGAGUGCGGUACGGAAGGCUACGAGAUGGACCUGGAGCGGACACUGCGGAUGCCGUCCACGGUGGCUGGGGAGAGCGUGGUGUGGUGCAAGCCCGGCGUCGUGGCCAAGCUCAUGGGCCUCGAUUCCGUGCCCGUGCCCGUCGGAGGAGGGCAGCGCGGCGGCAUUGCCGGCGCUAGAAUGAAGGCCAAUUGGGCACCGCCGGGAUCGACGCUCGGCGGCGGCGUGAGGAAGCAGAGAUCGAGGAGGAUGGGCAUAGAGGAGCUGGAGAAGGAAAGGCUCUUCAUGGCACUCCAUGGCUACCUCGGGUCGGGCGCCAGCGCCCUACGGGCAACCGCGGGCCCCGAUGUCAGUGGGUUUGGAAGGGACGGGGAAGGUUGGGAAUUCCGGGUUCCUAGCUAAGCAUAUUUCAGUUCAGUCUUUCCGAUUAAAUUUCGAGUAGAGCAACUAGCUUUUUAUUUUGUCAAAUGGUGAAUUUUAUCAAUUCAAUUAGGACAUACCUGGUCUUUGCAUAGUUAGGAUGAUGUACAUAGUCAAGAUCAACACCAUAUCCACUCAACCAUCUUUUAGCCCCGGUGUAAAAAUCCUAGGUCUAAUCUGAAUUAGUUAUGACAAUGUUUAUGUGUAUAAUAAUGUUUUUGCGUCGUUAUCUUAUAUAAGACAUUGCUCGGAUAUGCUACAACUGGUUAGCUUCAUGUUUUUUUGAAAAAGAUGGAGUUUACAAAACUGACUGCUAUUCAGGGAUGUACAUUAUGUUAAAGGCCUUGAGCUUCUCUUACCUACGAGCUUCAAGAGUGACUAACAACAUCUUCAACUUCUUGUAAAAAAAAUAACAUCUUCAACGGUUUUCCAGUCAAAACCAAUAUGAUGUUUUUUAGGGAACCCCAAUAUGGUGUUAAUGGAGCUGCCCCAAGUACUUCACUUGAUAUGAAA